AUGGAAACAAAGGAAGAGGAGGAUGCCAGCUUGGUGGAAGAAAGAGAAGCAAAGGUGGUGCCUUUACUUUAUCCAGGGGUUCACAUCAAGAGAAAAGCAUGGUUUCUGAAGCCCAUUGCAAACACCAUGGAUGAUGGACUCCCUGAAACUCCAGUAACUCAUCCUCCGCACUAUAAAGCUCCCACCUUUACCUUUGAAGAACCCCACCAUGUUAAACUUGAAGGGUGGGUGAACCCACAGGCACUGUGGGUGAAGUGGGUGAGCAAGCUUCAACCACGUUAUGGUGAUUCAUGGAGGAAAGCUGGCAUCUUUGAUGCAAUCCAGGUCUCCACUUACAAAAUCAAGAAAAGCCUUUCUUUGGUUCUUGGAGUUGCUGCUUUCUGGUGCCAAGAAACCAAUACAUUUCUCUUCCCUUGGGGUGAGGCCACUCUCACACUGGAGGAUGUCAUGGUGCUUGGAUGUUUUUCAGUUCUCGGUGAGCCAGUGCAAGGGGAACCUCUUCCUGGUGAGCGAGCAGAGUUUGAAUUUCAAAUGAUUCAAGAGCUGAGAAAUUUCAACCAGUCUUCUUACAAGAAAGCACAUCAGUCAGCAUGGGUGAAGCACUAUUACUCUCAAGGUAAUGGAGGUGAGUUGGAGCACAUUGCUUUCUUGGCAUUUUGGUUGUCUAGAUUUGUUCUUCCUGUUCAUCCUGUAGAUACAGUGAGACGCAGUGUGAUACCUAUUGCCAUUAGAUUGGCUCAGGAAACAAGGAUAUCUUUUGCACCUGCGGUACUUGCAAGUCUUUACCAUGAUUUGGGAAUGGUUAAGAACUAUUUCCUUGCUAAUGGCCAGAGAAGGCAAUCUCCUUUGGUUUUGGUGGCUAAUUUCAAGAUACUGCAUCUGUGGGUGUGGGAGAGGUUUGUUCCACUAAGACCAGGGCCUCAGAAUUUUGUCGAUUUUAAUACUCCUAGAGCUGCAAGAUGGAAUGGACUUGAUAAGAAAUUAGAGAUUUCAUAUGUGAGAACAGUGAUUGAGGAGGGUGGGCAAUUUCAAUGGCGCCCUUAUCCUAUGGUUAGUGUGGAUGAAGGGAAAUGGUUUACUGGUUGUGUGGAUGAAGAUGAUGAACUGAGAUCGUUUGCUCGGUGUUUGAGAAUGUGUGAGCUUGUUGGGAUCGAUUGCAUUGAGAAGUACUUUCCGAACAGAGUGGCAAUGCAAUUUGGAUUAGAUCAAGAUAUUCCCAUGCAUGCGCUGAAUGAGAAUGCAGCUACCUUUGCUGUAGAAAAAGCUGCAAGGUUCUAUGUCUCGCCGCUGUGCUUUGAACCUUCUAAAACCUGCCGAUAUCUUGAAUUUUGGAGGAAAUUCAAGGUGUUAUUUAGUGGUGUAGUUGAAUUUGAUGAGAAACCGGGAAAUUCUAAGAAGAGUUUUAAAAAAUUUCUGAGGGAGCUGCAUGCAGUUAAGAAGAAGAGGAAGAGGAUGGUUAAUGGGAAGAAACAGAGAGAUGGAGAUUCUUAUGAUAUUAAACUUUUCGAUUGGCUUUCUCUGAACAAGCGUACUUCGAGCAAGAAGAUUAAGCCACUUGAUGGUCAUUCUAUUUCUGCUCCUUCGAAUAUCAAGGUGAAUGGUUUAUGUUUAACUGAUGAAAUGAGAAGAGCUAAGAAAAUUUUACUGAAAAAGAAGAAGAAGAAGAAGAAGAGACUCUCAUAUCUUGAUGAAGCUAAGAACAAGAGUGAGGUAUUUACACAAACAGAAGAAGGAGAAACAAGGCAAAGUAGAGAACUUGCUCAAUCUGAGAUUAAUGAUAAAGAGAACAUGAAUGGAGAAUUAAUUAACAGUUCAUCAGUAAUUGAGGAAUUUGAAGCAGCAUUUGAGUCUCAACUGGCUAAAAUCCAGAUAAAUGAAACUGUGAACAGUGUGAAUUCAAUCAGGAAAGAAUCAGAACUUGCAAUGCAGAUUAGAAAGCUCAAAGAAGAGAUUGCUGUAAUUGAAGCAAGAGUGAUGAGCUUGGAAUCCUUGAGAGAUGGAAACCCAUGCUCAGUAAUGCCUUCAUCUAGUGUGUGUAUAUCUGGUAAAGAUAAAUCUUAA